CUCUCGGCUAAGUUUAGAGCAGAAAGAAAAACAGCGUCGUCCGCAGCGAGAAAACCCCGGCUCAGCCCUAACUCUCCGCACUCGCUUUUGGAUUCGAACCCAGCACCCUGUGACCUCUCCUGGCCUCAGUUUCCCUAUUUAUCCACAGUUGUGCCUUUUCCAGAACCUUUGGGGAGAGGGGAGGGAGGGGUAGGUGGUAGCCAUUCCCGGGCCUCCCCCUCGGAUCGCAGGUUUAGGGUAUCCACCGCCAGUACCCCGCCCCCAAGAGUCUCCGCCACUCACUCCGCCAGCUCCAAGGCCGGGGAAGCGCAAGGAAGCCCCGCCCCUCCGGGUGACGUCACGAGGCGGGAAUUCAGAAGCUCUGGGAGUAGGGACUUCUGCGAGAGCCCAACUCGAAACGGACCGAGAGCGAUCGGACACAGCCGAACAUCCGAAUGGGGCCGGACUAAACCGAAUGUGCCUGACAUGGCUUGAGCGCCACCCCGACUUGCUCGAAAACCUCGUGCGGCCGGACACAGCCGAACAUGCCCGAAAACUUCCGAACAUACCCGAGCGCAGUCGGAGGUAGCCAAAUUCGGCUGAACUCACCCGACCGAACUCAGCGGGAAGAGGCCCAAUCCUGUAAGACCAGACCCUCAGAGAACCCAGAUUCUUGGGCUUCCCGGGUGGCUCAGACGCUUGGACCUGGAAAAUGGGCUCUCGUGUGGGAGAAGCAUCCUGGACCCUCAGGCCGGAUCUGGCUUUGGCCAGAUCAUCCAAGCACCUGCCCAGCACAGUCAGAGGCGGGAGUCCUUCCUGUACCGCUCAGACAGUGACUAUGAACUCUCAUCCAAAACCAUGUCUCGGAACUCCUCCAUGGCCAGCGACCUACACGGAGAAGACCUGAUUGUGACGCCCUUUGCCCAGGUCCUAGCCAGUCUGCGGACAGUUCGAAGCAACGUUGCGGCCCUUGCCGGCUUGCAAGAUCGCGGGGCAGCCAAGCAGGCGUGCGUCUGUAACACCCCAUCUGGCAGCCAGCCCCCUCCACCAAAAGAAGACACUGGGCAGAAGCUGGCUUUGGAGACACUGGACGAGCUGGACUGGUGUCUGGAUCAGCUGGAGACUUUGCAGACGCGGCACUCAGUGGGGGAGAUGGCCUCCAACAAGUUCAAGCGGAUGCUGAACCGGGAGCUGACUCACCUGUCUGAAACCAGCCGUUCAGGGAAUCAAGUGUCCGAGUACAUAUCCCAGACCUUCCUGGAGCAGCAGACUGAGGUGGAGUUACCCAGGGCGACCCCCGCGGAGACCCCGCAGCCCGUGUCCCAGAUCAGCAGCCUGCGUGGACUUCCCCACAGUUCCAGUCUUUCCACAGCCACCGUCCCACGCUUUGGGGUCCAGACGGAUCAGGAGGGGCAGCUGGCCAAGGAACUGGAAGACACCAGCAAGUGGGGGCUUGAUGUGUUCAAGGUGGCAGAGCUAAGUGGGAACCGGCCUCUCACAGCUAUCAUGUUCAGCAUCUUUCAGGAACGGGACCUGCUCAAGACAUUUCAGAUCCCAGCAGACACGCUUGCCACCUACCUACUGAUGCUGGAGGGCCACUACCACAACGAUGUGGCCUACCACAACAGCCUACAUGCUGCUGACGUGGCCCAGUCCACACACGUGCUGCUCGCCACACCUGCGCUCGAGGCCGUGUUCACAGACCUGGAAGUCCUGGCUGCCAUCUUUGCAAGUGCCAUCCACGAUGUGGACCAUCCAGGAGUCUCCAAUCAGUUUCUCAUUAACACCAACUCAGAGCUUGCACUUAUGUACAAUGAUGCCUCCGUGCUGGAGAACCACCACCUAGCUGUGGGCUUCAAGCUGCUGCAAGCAGAGAACUGUGACAUCUUUCAGAACCUCAGCACCAAGCAGCGGCUGAGCCUGCGCAAGAUGGUCAUUGACAUAGUGCUGGCCACGGACAUGUCCAAACACAUGAAUCUCCUGGCUGACCUCAAGACCAUGGUGGAGACCAAGAAGGUGACAAGUCUUGGAGUCUUGCUGCUAGACAACUAUUCUGAUCGCAUCCAGGUCUUGCAAAGCCUCGUGCACUGUGCUGACCUCAGCAACCCCACCAAGCCGCUACCACUCUACCGCCAGUGGACAGACCGUAUCAUGGCCGAGUUCUUCCAGCAGGGCGACUCUGAACGGGAAUCAGGCCUGGACAUCAGCCCCAUGUGUGAUAAGCACACAGCUUCAGUGGAGAAGUCCCAGGUGGGUUUCAUUGACUAUAUUGCCCAUCCACUGUGGGAGACAUGGGCUGACCUGGUACACCCAGAUGCACAGGACCUGCUGGACACUCUGGAGGACAACCGCGAGUGGUACCAGAGCAAGAUCCCACGCAGCCCUGAGGACCCCACCAGCCCCAAGCAGGGUAGCCCUGACAGAUUUCAGUUUCAGCUCACUCUGGAGGAGGCAGAAGAAGAGGAGGAAGCAUUGGAUGGGGAGGCCUCAAAGUCACCUGACACUGAGCUCCCAUCCUCUGAGGCCAGCCCAGACCCUGGGGCCCCACACCUGGAUUACCAGAGGACUGUGGGCAAGCCCUGCACGGACCAUGAGGGCAAUGCAAUGGCUGAACCUUUGGGCACCUAAAGGCCCCUGAUGGGUGGGUGGACUUUCCAGGAAGAGGUCCCAGGUGGCCCCUGCCUUGCCUCCGCAGGGAGACAACUGGGCUUUUUGCUACAGGCAGGUCUCAGGGUUGAAUCGGAGGCACCUGACUGGGGUCCACUCUGACCCUGGGAUCAGCUGAGAGAGCUCUCCAAGGAGCUGGGCUGGUGGGGGGGCAGCGUCUUCCAGGGCCCUUGUGUUCUCCCCUCCUGGACUUCCACCCCUGGUGUGGAAAGGGAGUGUCUGCCAGGCACCUUUGUCCAUCUUGUCCAGUGGUCACUCUUGAGCCACUCCAUCACUUUAUUCUUUCAUGCUUUAUCAGAUAUUUACUGGGCACGUACUGUGUGCCAGGCCUGUGCCUGUUAGGUGCCUCUGGGGUACCUCUGCACGAGGAGAUGGGGAAUCAGUCUCGAGGAGAUGACCCCUCCCUUAGACACCUCCCCUAAGUCUACCAGGCAGGCAGCUCACUGAAAGAGAACAAGAAUUUGAAUGGGGGAGUUCUCAGCACCAAACUUCAUCUGGACCCAAUUCUGGCUCUGGAGUUCUGGUGGUGAUAGGGGGGUGAUGGUAGGGGCCAAGGAAGAGAGGGCUCUGUGUCAGGAACUGUCUCUGAACGUUGAUUUAGCCUUCACUGCUUGUGCCCUGGAUGUUGCUUUAAGUUGCUGUGGUUUCUGUCUUCAGGUCUAAGGAUCCUGGUUCUCCCUGGCCCCAGGGCCUCCUGCUGGCUCCCUCAUAGUCUCUCCGUUUUCUAGAACAGUAACAAAAGCACAGGAUUCUCCUUCAAGGAAGGUUCUCUCCAUCUUCUGAUUCUGAGGCUGUCUAGACUCCCCACAGGGAAAAGGAGGCCUCUGACUUUCUUGUGAGUCAUCACCCCUUCUGGGCUUCAGUUUCCCCUCUAUGGCCUGAUCCUGGUACUUGGGUAAAUAAUGGUUGGAGGGUGAUGUGUGUGACCUCCCUGAAAUAUCUUAGAAAUAUGGGGCAUUUGCUUGGAUUAAAAUAAACUUUAUCACACAGAA